AAACGUCUGUAAAUAAUGCAUCUCCAUUUCGAGCGCAACACGAAUACAAAAUGCGAUUGCACAAUUCUGUCGUUAUCCUGGAUGGGAAAAGUUCCCGAUGAUAUACCAGAGGACGAUGGCUGGAAAUUAAAUCGCACCAAUUACUAUCAAGAAGGCUGGCUGGCCACCGGUAAUGUUCGUGGCAUUGUCGGAGUGACAUUCACCACAUCACAUUGUCGCAAAAAUGUCGAAUAUCCUUUACGUACAAAUUACAAUUUAAGAGGACACCGAUCAGAUGUUAUACUAGUCAAAUGGAAUGAACCAUAUCAAAAAUUGGCAUCCUGUGAUAGUUCCGGCAUUAUAUUUGUAUGGAUUAAAUACGAGGGUCGAUGGUCGAUAGAGCUGAUCAAUGAUCGCAAUACCCCAGUCACGCAUUUCUCCUGGUCCCACGAUGGUCGCAUGGCAUUGAUCUGCUAUCAGGAUGGUUUUGUAUUGGUCGGUUCAGUGGCGGGUCAACGUUAUUGGUCAUCGAUGUUGAAUUUAGAAUCGACCAUUACCUGUGGUAUAUGGACACCCGAUGAUCAACAGGUUUACUUUGGUACAACUCAGGGACAAGUUAUUGUUAUGGAUGUCCAUGGUGCUAUGGUGUCACAGGUCCAACUGUGCAAUGAUGUUGGGAUAACAUCAAUGUCAUGGUCGUGUGAAAAAUUCAAAAUGGAAGAAGGUGAAGAAUCCGAGCCGGGUGUUACGAAUGCAG